UGAUUGGUUGCCCACUUUUGGCGCGCUCAUACUCAGCGCUCCUAGCGGAACGCCUUGUUAUUACCUGUUUCUCCGGCCGUUCAUCGAGAGGAAAUUUUAAUUUUUCUGAAAUUGAAAAUGUCUGACGACGCAGCGGCACCAGCAAAGCGGGGUCGCAAAGCCAAUGCCGAAAAGGCCGAAAAAAGUGACAAGACGGAGGCCAAAAAGCGCACAAAAAAGGAUGCCAAAGCUGACGAAAGCGGUGACGAAGUACCCGUGAAAAGGGGCCGCGGCAGGCCGAAAGGCACAACAAAAAAGAAAAACUCUCCAAAACCGAAAGCUAAAGGAACAGGACGUCGGGGAAGGCCCAAAAAAGAAGACAAAGAUUCAGCUGAAGAAGAAACAGAAGAAAAUGAAGCAGAGGAAGAAGAAGGAGAUGAGUAAAUAAAAAUAUUUUAUUGUAUGAAAUAGGUGGCAGCUCCUAGAGGGGAUUUACCUUCCCCCCUCUGUCUAAAACCGGUGCCAUUUUUUUACGUUAGAUUGUAAGGAUUCCUUUUCACUUUGAUUCUUUGUGUGUAUUUGUUUAUUUGACUAGAAAGUGUUCAAAAGUGGGCCAAAAAUGAUCUCAAAAAAAAUAAAUAAAUUAUUUAAGCGUCGUGCAUUCGUGGUCAACGGGAGUUGCUACCUGCAAUAUAUUUUUUUUUCUGUAUUCCCUCUAAAAUUCCGAGAACUUACGAAUUUUGAUUGAGUUUUUGAUUUGUCUACAUACAUGUAUGUAAAUAUGUGCCUGCAUUUGACAUUACAACAAGAAAUAAAAGAGAAUAAUGUGCAAAAUUUUGUAAAAAGUUCCAAUGUUUAUGCCUGUCUAAAAUCAAAAUUCGUCGGUUCGAUUUUCAUGUAAAAUUGCAAGAAUAAAAAAAAAGAAUAGUCAUUUGAUUAGGUUUCUGUCCUUUGAAGACUUAUCGUUAGUUUAAUGCACAAGUGCAACAUUACAUGAUACAUAUUUAAUGUCUAGGUUUAAGUUGUGCCGAUAUUAUUACGUUUUAAGUAGUUUGGAUGUACAAAAUUCGUAGAGAAACUUUUGUCCUGAUACUUGUAAGAAAUCUGUUUGUCAGUAGAUUCCAUACAUAGUUCAGAGCGUUCACAAUAAAUGAGAUACAUAAACUUU